AAAAAAAGGAAAAAUAGGAAACUUAUUUUGGCCUCUUUUUAUUAAUUUUUUUUCAUUAACGACGACGAGUGUUACAAAUGCGGUCAAUAGUUGGCAGAAUUUUUCAUCAAUUUCCAAAAUCAAAAUCUUUCCACAGAUACUUGUCAUCAGAUGCUUCUGAGAAUAAUCUCCAAACUCAGUCUCAGUACCCAAAACGUAUAUUCUCAGGAAUUCAGCCAACUGGUGCAAUACAUCUGGGAAAUUAUCUAGGAGCAAUUGCACAGUGGGUUAAGCUGCAAAAUAAUGGGGAAGACAUGAUUCUCAGUAUAGCAGAUUUACAUUCUAUGACUAUACCACAUGAUUCAAAGAAAUUGUCUAGAAAUAUUUUGGAAAUUACUGCCACAUUAUUGGGAUGUGGAAUAGACCCAGAAAAAGCAAUUCUAUUCCAGCAAUCCACUGUACCAGAACACACACAAAUGUCAUGGUGUUUAGGAUGUAUUUGCACCAUGCCAAGGUUGGCUCACCUUCCCCAGUACAAGGAAAAGUCAAAGGAUUUGAAAGAUAUACCCCUAGGAUUAUUCAUUUACCCUGUUCUGCAAGCAGCUGAUAUAUUGGCAUAUAAAGCAACACAUGUUCCUGUUGGUGAAGAUCAAAUUCAACAAAUUCAGCUUUGUCAAGAACUGGCCAGAAUGUUCAAUAGUAGAUUUGGACAAACUUUUCCUAUACCUCAUACCCUCAUUACAGGCACAGAUUAUGCCAGACUGAGAAGUCUCAGAGAUCCAGCAAAAAAGAUGUCCAAGUCUGAUACUGAUCCCAAAAGUAGGAUAUGUAUUACAGAUAAACCUGAAGACAUUGUCAGGAAUAUCAAGAAAUCUGUUACUGAUUGCACAUCUGAGGUUAAUUAUGAUAUUGAGCAGAGACCUGGUGUGUCAAACCUCAUCAGCAUACAUUCCUUUGUUACUGGCAAAACAGUAGAUGAGAUUUGCAAGGAGGCUCAGAACAUCAACACUGGACAAUACAAGCUUCUUGUUGCUGAUGCAGUUGUAGAAUAUUUGAGGCCAAUUCAGGAAAGGAUUUCAGAUUAUCUCUCUGACCAGCAUUAUUUAAUGGAAGUAUUGAAAAUAGGACAAGAAAAAGCUAGUGAAAUAUCUUCUAGUACUUGGCAAGAAAUGCAGCAUAAGUUAGGGAUGACAUUCAAUGUCAGCAGCAAGAAGAAAGCUGAAAUACAUGUUAGAUAGAUUUUCAAUGGUAAUUAUCCAGUUGCUUAAAGUUUUUAAUAAAAUAUUUAUUA